AUGUCAGACAACAGAGUCACUGGGCUUACGGUUAAAUAUGGCAGGGAGCAUGAGGAUGGAGCUGUUCAGUGCAUGAACGGAGGAAGUGCCGAUAUAAACCACGGCCAAAAGGGAGAAUAUGUUUUUAUCCACGCUGACAGGGACCCUCAUGGGAGGGGGAUAACCGAUGUUAGGUUGUUGAUCACUGACGAGGAUUAUGGUUCUGGUGAUCUCGCAAAAGGCGCUGGCGGCAAAUAUCGUUAUCUUAUCUGUAGCGAAGAGAUCUCGAAUGGGUAUAUAACCGACGUUGCGCUUUAUAGGGGUCAUUUAGAUUCCGCCCCGUAUGGCUGGAAAAGGGCUUAUCAUCCUGAUGUUUCCGCCGAUAUCAACUACGGGCGAGGAGGGGACUAUUUAUACUUUAUUUAUAAGGGGGACUUAGGUCCGCGUCAGCACCGUUGA